ACGAACUGUCAAAUGUGUCACAUAUCUAAUGUUUUAUAUUUUGUUGUCUUCGUUGAGCCGCGAUAUUGUCAAUAAUCGUUUGGUCGCGGUCGGUUGACGUCCUAACAAAAUAAACUAUUAUUUUGUUGUUUGAUUUUGUUGUUCGAAUGACUGCGUAUCCUAAUAUACGAUAACUGUGUCCCGUAGUAUUACCAUUAUAUUGUGCUGUGUUUUAAUAGUAAAGUAAAUUAAAAAUGUCCAAUAAAAAUCUUCGUCAACGGAAGCUUCUUCAAUCGAAUUCAACCGCACCAAAACGGCCGAAACGACCAAAUUCUCAACUGUCUAAUCAAAAUGGAUUGUUGUAUUCCUUUCUCAGUUUAAUUGUGUGUGUGGUGAUUCUAGUAUUCUUUUUCGGUACAUACACAGACUCAUUUCAUUAUGCCAUCGAUGGACUAGCCGUAAGAUUAGGUUACAAAGAUCGUCAGUAUGCUGUUGUUAUCGAUGCCGGUUCGACUGGCAGUCGUGUAUUGGCCUAUGAAUUCCAUAAAAGCUAUCUUGAUGGCCGCCUAGUUUUAGAUAAAGAAAUAUUCCGUGAGGUCAAACCGGGCCUAUCGUCGUUCGUCGAUAAUCCGACGGAAGGAGCGAACAAAAUUGCCGUACUGCUCGACGAAGCUAAAGUUUUCAUUCCAAAACAUUUGUGGUCAAACACUCCAUUAGUAUUAAAGGCAACUGCAGGCUUACGUCUGCUGGAUCAAACUAAAGCAGACAAUUUGUUGAACAGUGUGCGCGAUUUAUUUCAGCAUUCCGGAUUCUUAUUGGUUGAAAACCAUGUCGAAAUAAUGGACGGUACGGAUGAGGGAAUAUUUUCCUGGUUUACCGUAAACUUUUUGUUGGGCCGUCUGAAUACGGGAAGUACUGUAGCAGCUUUGGAUUUGGGUGGCGGUAGCACACAAGUGACAUUCGCCCCGAAAGAUCCAAAACAAAAUCCCAAUUUCGAAAGCCACACGCACCGAGUUCCGGUCGGGAGUGGAGAGAUCGAAGUGUUUACAAACAGUUACUUGAAUUUGGGAUUAAUGGCUGUUCGUCAUGCUGUAUUCACACAUGGUUAUCCCAAGAACGAGACGAGCGUCCAAUCAGAGUGCGUGAAUCCGAUAGUCAAAAGCAAAGUAUGGAAGUAUGCCAACGUCGAUUAUUCAGUCAGUGGAAAGGACAAUGUCAAGUCAACGAUCGAAAAUCCAGUUGUUGAUUUUGAAGUCUGCCUUCGUAGCAUUAAGCAAAGAACGUUGCCGUUGGUCAAUCCGAAGCCAAUUACUCUCAAUCAACUCCAAAUUACGGCCUUCAGUUAUUACUAUGAACGCGCUAUCGAGACCGGAAUGAUUGAAUUUGGCGAUGGUGGUGAUGUUACCGUAGCAGAUUUUUACAAAAUGGCAAAAGAAAUCUGCGCAAAUCCGAAUACAGAUCAACCGUUUAUGUGUUUGGAUGUUUCUUACAUGGCUGUGUUAUUGGAGGAGGGUUACGGAUUGAAACCGCAAACGAAAAUUAAGCUCUGCAAGAAAAUUCAGGGUCAUGAAAUUUCAUGGGCGCUAGGCUGUGCAUACAAUGUACUUACCCGAAUAAAACCAACGUCGUCGAAUUAAACUGGUCGACAAUCACACACAACGUUCAACACCGCCGUUUAUUACUUUUUUUUUGCAGAUUACAAAUUAGCAGGGAAUCACUAGCAAUGAAUUUAUGUUUAACAAAAAAUAAGAGAGAGGAAGAAAAACAUGAAAACAUAUCACAAAAAGACACAAAAUGCAAAAAAAAAAAAUAUUUUUUACGAAGAAAGUAAAUUGUCAACAGAAGCAAAGUGUUGAGCACACAAUUUUUAAUUUUUGAUACAAACAUUUCGAUGGCAAAAAAUAAAAAUGUUGCAACUCAAUCAAAAA